CCCAUUUCUUGCGGCUCAUCGGGCGCGCGGAGUUUGCGGCGUACCUGCAGAGAUCGUACCUGCGGAGAUCGCACCUGCGGAGGGCGUACCUGCGCCUGAGGAGGAGGAAGGGCAAGAUCCAGCCUGAGGGACCCGCGCUCCAGCCUCUCCGCAUAAGAUCUGGGCCUUGGGGGCACCGAAGGGACGAGACUUCCCAGGCCCUGCCUUGGAGAUGUGCCCUGCUCACUGGGGUCGGGGGUGAGGGAGCAGACAAGCUCAUCACAGACCAAAGGUGGCCGCGUUGGGAAGGAGGCUGAGGUCGGAAUCAGGUAUACUGAGAUUCCAGUGACGACUAGGAUACAGUCCCUGCCCUCAAGGAAUUGUCUGCCUAGUUGGAGAGAUCAGUCAAGAUUAACACCUGUGAAAAGAUAACUGAUAAUACAGGGCGGUCCCCGGGUGGGGCGAAGCUCCCCCGUCUUUACUCUCGUCCCCGACCCCAGCGUGGACCACCGGCUACAAGAUGAACUGUCGCUCGGAGGUGCUGGAGGUGUCGGUGGAGGGGCGGCAGGUGGAGGAGGCCAUGCUGGCCGUGCUGCACACGGUGCUCCUGCACCGCAGCACCGGCAAGUUCCACUACAAGAAGGAGGGCACCUACUCCAUCGGCACCGUGGGCACCCAAGACGUUGACUGUGACUUCAUCGACUUCACCUACGUGCGCGUCUCCUCUGAGGAGCUGGACCGCGCCCUGCGCAAGGUCGUCGGGGAGUUCAGGGACGCUCUGCGAAACUCCGGGGGCGAUGGGCUGGGGCAGAUGUCCUUGGAGUUCUACCAGAAGAAGAAGUCUCGCUGGCCUUUCUCAGACGAGUGCAUCCCCUGGGAAGUGUGGACGGUCAAGGUGCACGUGGUGGCCCUGGCCACGGAGCAGGAGCGGCAGAUCUGCCGGGAAAAGGUGGGUGAGAAGCUCUGCGAGAAGAUCAUCAACAUUGUGGAGGUGAUGAACCGGCACGAGUACCUGCCCAAGAUGCCCACGCAGUCGGAGGUGGACAACGUGUUUGACACAGGCUUGCGGGACGUGCAGCCCUAUCUCUACAAGAUCUCCUUCCAGAUCACCGAUGCCCUGGGCUCCUCCGUCACCACCACCAUGCGCAGGCUCAUCAAAGACACCCUGGCCCUCUAGGCGUCGCUGGGGCCUUGGGCGCUCCUUGAUGGCUUGCGGACCUUGGCUUCUGGGGAUCGUACUGGUAGGCCCUGUUAGCCCUUGGGGCUCUGGAACCCGCUCCAGGUCCUUGAUGAGACUUGGAAGGGCCACCCCUGGCUUCCUGUUGUGUGGUUGCCAGUCUCUGGUCAUCCUUGUCACCUUCACUGAUGGUCAAGUCUGGCCUACACUGUCUCUCCGCACCCCUGGUGGGGGUCCCCUUUCCUACACUGUACAGAGGAGCCGUCACUAGGAUGGUGAAUAAAGCUGAGAAUGUGA